AUGCCUUCAAAGCUCUUCCUGUUCUUCUUCCUUUAUAUUCAAAGUAUAUUAGGACAAAUGCUGGAUAGAAGAAAGAAUAGUGAUACUGAGUUAAUUCGGUUUUCUUUGAAAUCAAGUAACCGUAACCUACCGUUGAAACCCUGGACACAAUUGAUAUUAGAGGUUACAUUUCGAUCGAAAGCAAUACCAUUUGAUUUAUUUCUAUCUAGUAAUGAGAAUCGCCAGCAUUCAACCGACGAUGUUUAUGGUAUAGUAUUAGAAGUGAAUCCUAAUAGCAAACGCGCACAACUUCAUGAAAUAAAGAAUUCUGAAAUAAAUCAGUUAGAGGAAGCAGAAAAUCGUGAAUCAAUAAAACAUUGGUUAAUGCUUGAUUUGAAUCAACUGUCAAUUAGAUAUGGUAUCAAUGAAAUCAGUCAACAAUCGACAAUCUUAAACAUUAAUUUGGAUGAUGACCGACGAUCGAAUAUGAAACAACUCCAGUAUGUACAUGUUAACUUUCAGUUUAGUGCGCAAUUUAACACUAGAUCUACUCUAAAAAUAAUGUAUAAAACUGAAUUACCACCGCCAUCAUCAUCGAAUAUUUGUGGUGCUAUUAAACAAGUAUUUGAUCCAAAUGGAUACGAUUGCAUUGAUGGAAAAUAUUUAUGUCCAAAAGGUCAUUUGGCUUGUGGACAAAAUCCUCAUGCAUGUUAUUUAACAACCAGCUAUAGAUGUGUUAAUGGAAAACUUAUGCAACAACAGUGA